UUAGCAAGAAAAUCCUUUGAGGUGGCGAUAGCUAGCUCCACUAACAUUAUACUGAAGAUGUAAACCUAUUAUUUUUUAAUUGGCCAAUUUAUUGUAGCAAGUUUUAUCUAACUGCAAAUGCCUUUUGGGGAAUUACACAAUGUUGCCCGUGCCUUGUUGGGGUUGUAUUCGUCCGUUCAUGUAACGUUAGCUAGCUUGUUUUUAGACGUAGCCUCCUCCUAUUAGCUGAAGUAACAACGUUAGCAUCCUUAGCCACUUCCAGCUUUCCUUUACUAAGGGUGUUUAUCUGCCGUCGAGAAGAGAUGUCACAUCCCCCUCUAAACUGUUCCCAGCGAGGCGAGGACGUGGAGACGAGGAUGAGAGACGAGGGCUUGAGCCUAUAAAACGGAGACAAGGGAGGAUGAUUUCACGAUACAACAGAAGACCUGUAUCCCACAAACUUGAGAUUCGCGGGUUGUCUCGCAGCAGCCUGGACCACCACCCACUCCCAGAGGAAGCAGACGAUAACCAGACGCCUCAGCGAUACCUCCAUGACCUCCAGGAAGCUGUCUCCGCUCACAACAGCUCAGAGACGUCGGCUGCCUCGGGACACUCUGACUGUCCCACCGUCAUCUCAGUAGACUCCAACCAGUCGUGGUCAGCCAUCCACAGCUCCACAGACACUGGCAUCUCCACAGAGAGGAGCUCUGUUUUCUCCUGGGGCUAUGAUGAGUUCGACAAGGCGGCGUCACGGCAGGUGCAGCAGAUGUUUGAGGAGAUCGACAAAGAGCUGUACGAGGGGAGAGGCAGCGGGGGGGGGAUACUCCAGGGGCUGCAGGAAGAAUGUCAGCAGUGGGCCACACGGUUCCCACAUCUUCGGAUCCUGGGGUCUCAGCUGAUGUGUCCCAGUGAUGAGGGCUUCCAGUGGUACGCUGUUUCAGGGAAAGGCAGCUCCGCCAGCAGCACAUCAGUCGGCAAAGAGAGCGGUGUGAAGUCCCAGGAGAAAGACAAGAGUGGCGCAGAGUUGAAUGUGCAGGGCAGGAGAGCGGCGCUGGUCACGUCCUCUGCACAGCUGGACGAGCCUCCUGGCGCCUCCAGAUGUCACGAUAAGCCCAGAGUGAUUGAGGUGGAGGGUCUGAUGGAGGAAUAUCUGGCUUUUGAUAGCAGGGACUUAGAGGACGAGUGGGAGAAGGAUUUUUCCGAGUCAGCUCGAAGGCAUCACACUCUACCCCCUGUCUCUCCUUACCGGUGUCGCCGUCAGGCCGUGCUCGACCUGCUGUUCGAUGAUGUGUGGCAGGAGCUGGUUGGCUGGAUGAAAGAGCUGGUUCAGCGUCACUGGGAAUGCUGCACUUCAAAUGAUGAAAUUAUUUCCGGGAGGUUAAGCCCUGUGCAGCCAGACUCCCUGAAUCCCUUCAUGCUGCUCUCCAUGCUGCCCACGAUGCUGCCCAAACUGGGUCAGAGCAGGGUGCCCCCGCUCACAGCUGGCCUGCAGUACCAGAACACAAAGUCAAGGGGCUCAAAGCACAUGUCCAGACGAAAAUCCAAAAAGCAGAAAAGGCCCUCCGCUCCUGGGAGGGUAGCGGUAGGAGCAGCAGUGACCCAGCACAACCUGAAUGACCUCAUCGUGAUCCACAGCAUCCCACUGCAGCAGAGGAACCUCAGUGUGCUGGAGAGAAACCAGGAGCCAGAGGAGCGGGCCCCUCACAGACCGGGCUCCAGCGUGGUCCCCUCCAGCAAACCUCGCCUCCGCCGGGCCCUGGAGCAGAGCUCGUCCUCGCUGUCCCGCCCGGCACAGUCUGCCCGGCGCAGAAACCCUCCCCCCCGAACCCUCCUGCCGCUGGUUCCCAGCCUGAGUCAGUCGUGCGCGGCCGGAUCCAUGGAUGAGGUCAUCCGCGGGACACGACUACCCACAGCCAGCGACCGCCUGACCUCCCCGCUGCUUACCCCUCUCAGCAGGAACACACUUCUUCCCCCCAUCAGCACAGGAGAACCUGAGUCUUCUCACUCAGGGCAGCAGUCCAAACAUGCACAGCGUCAGAAAGGCCUAGCCAGCCGCGCCCACAGUGCUAUAAAUGACGAAGCUGGCAGUUCAAUACCGAGGGAUCGUCACCACCUGCUGGACGUCUUCUCUCGCCCCAACACCACUCACACUUACAGGUCGGAUACUCCAUACCGGCGUUCCUUCACAGUAUUGGACAAUAUCGGGCAGGGGCGGACAGGCAGAGCUUCUGUGGCCACAGGUCAGAAAUACUCACUUGGAAUCGGCGUGACCGGCGUCAGUCUUGGCAUCAGCAGCUCAUCUUUCUUGGACUCGUUUUCCCACCACCCCUUGGGGCACUUGCCCAUCAAAGACGAAGAGGAGCCAGACCAGCAAGCCCCCGUCCCAGCGCCUCUGAUGCCUGUGUCCGUCCCGCCUCGGUCUUACACCAGGGGGGGCGUCUCAUCCCGAGCCAGCAGACCCGGUUUGUAGUUCGCCUCCAGACCCUUCAGCCAUGGAUCUUUAUUCAACACUCGGUGACCACUAAACUUUUUUUACAGAAGUAGCAGAAUUUUUAUUUCACAUAAUGCUGCUUGAUUAAGUUUUUGUUAAGAGGCCUAUUUUUGUAUUUCAGGAAUCAGCUUAUGUGGCUGCCAAACACACCGUAACAUCGUAUUGUACAGUAUGAGGCGUAUGCGUGGAUAUUUGUAUGUAUGAUCUGAAUGUGUAUAUAUUUAUUUAAAUGUGAAUGUUGAGUUAA